AAAAAUUAGCGCAGACUUUAUUUAAUUUAAACUUGCUAAUUAUGUUAAAUAUACAACACAUUUUUGCCAAGGAUACAUGUACAAACAGCCAUAAAAUAUCGAAACACUAAUAUAUAUAUAUAUCGGCUUAACUAUUAAAUUUUCUGGGGGCCAAGGUUAGAUAAAGUAUACAGUCUCCAUAUUUUGGACGGAUUGAUUUUCCUAGAUCAUUUUCUGAUGAUUCAAGCUGUUGUUUUGAAUGUGCUUAGGCAUGUUCAAUUUGCUUCGUUUGAGUUUUCCAAGCUUUGAUCUCAAGAAAAACUGCGCUGCACAUCGAAAGAGCUUUAUUAAGUCAUGUGACCGUAACAGGUCGCCAUUACUCUGGCGUAAAAUACUCCAAAGGCCAAAUAUUGCCGAGUUUCAUAAGGUUCAUUUGGAUGUGUUAGACCCCUGCGGCCUAGAACUGCCGACAAAUUCUGCCAAGUAGUACGCAUGUACAGUAGUAAAACUGUGCGCGAAAGUUAGUGCACGGAAACCGUCACUAACUUUUUCCUGAUAUUACAUGAGAGGGCAAAUAUUUGCCCGCGGUUGACAACACCUCCGGUUCGAAAUAUAUUCCACGCCAUCUCCCGGAUUGUAUUUCUUUUCCUUUUUCGUGUUAUCACGACUACCAUCACAUUCUUCGCUUCUGUGGUAAGCAACGAGAUAAGUAAGUUACUGGCCUGAAAACAAAUCAUGGAAAACCAAAACAAUAAGAUUUUUAUUAGUUCCAGGCUUUCAAACAACGAUAUUCGAUCUGCUCUCUUGCACCAAAUGACACGUGCUAAUUGAAAUAAUUUGCCGCAACAAAAGACAGUAGUUUUUAGGGCAUCACAAUAACGUCUUUGACAUGAAGCGAUGACAGUUCAUAAGGCGACUCAUUUCAACAGACAUCUGUCAACAACUUUAUUUAUGAGCACCUUUUGAGACAAAAAAAUUUAAACUCCAACUAAACGUGGUGAUUCCCUUGUCUGUUGCAAACUAAAUCUGGUGUCAACUGAGAAUAAUUCCAUUGCAAGAGAUUCUACGGUUGUUGUAGGAACUAUUUCAAGUAUACCCACCAUUUAAAAGAGCAAUCGUAGAAAUAUGCUCUGUGGGAGCCGGCUUAGUGAAAAUCGCAGGAGUAGAAACCGAGUUCUUUCUUACAAUCGAUGAUUCUGGAACUCUUCGCGCCACGGACGCAGACAGUGAGGAGUGCGUUUUUGAGGAAGUGAUGGUGAAGGAUUUCUAUAGCGCUUACAAAUCAUAUGCAUAUUCGAACGAACAUUGGACAGUAGCAAUCAGCGAUAAGGAUGGAAGAGCGUAUUCUGCUCGUUGUCAAGGACUUCUUGAUUCAGAUCUCGAGGCGCAUUCAUUACCUGAGAUGAUGCCUGAUAGCGACGCAUCUUCGGACGAGGAGUCUACAUCAGAAACCCGAACAUCACCCGAGGUUGACUCGGAUACAUCAGGCUUUGUAGGACUGGAUGCAUCGCGCUUUCUAGAGCAGCAAACUUCGCGUCUCUUUGAUCUUCUCAAUUUUGAUCUAGAAGCGUGUUUAAUGGCUGAGAUACAAGAAGACGCGGGUCAUGCUGUUGUGUUUCCCGAUAAUAAUACUGACAUUGGACCAUCUCUGUCCGAGAUUCUACGCGAGUUAGGAACCAAUUUGUAGAGCGCACAAAUAGCUUGCCUUGGAGCGUGCCCAUGACAGGGGAUCCUGGUCACAAACGAUUUUGUCUUUUUACGAGGCCAGCUGAUAUUUUUGGGGGCUGGAGGGGGGUUAGAUUUUAAAGCGCGCUUCAGAGAAGAGCAAUAAUCUUACUGACCACUGAACUGGUGACUUUUGACUGUCAUAACUCACCAGCAGAUACGUAAGGAUAGGAAAGCUCAAGCAUCCUUUCUAAUUUAUAUAAGGGACUGGUCAUUAUUCGUCGCGAGGGAGGGGGGGUUGGGGGAGUUUGGUUGUGUCGCAAUAAAAAUUUACAUGAUCCUCUCCAAGGCAAGAUUCCACUAGAAUUCUCCGAACUUCUCUCUCCCCAGGCGAUAUUAUGACUGGUUCCUAAUGACAUGCAUCCGUGUUCAAUUUUUAUUGCUCGUGCACCUGAUUUUUAAGCUACAUGCAAAAACUGGUGUAAUAGAGUUAUUUUAGGGUUUUUUAGAACUUUCUUUCUCUUGUGAUGAAACUACGCUGUAAACAUGCCAAAGAUUUAAAUUUCGUGUUGUGCUGAAAUCUGUUUUUGUGUUUAGCAAAGAAAGUUUCUUCCUUUGUUGUGUAACUUUCAGCACCAAUAACUGUUACAGUAUCAUUUAAAAUUUUUUUAAUCGCUCUAUUACCUGUGGGUAUUAUUUUGAAUUAAGAGGUUAUUUAAGUUAUAAGAAUGCUUUUAUUGCGAAGGAUUAUAAUAUUUGUAAUUUAACUAUGUAAAUAAAUAGGUUUAUUUGUGAAAUGAUACAAAGUAAAAUUUUACAUGUUGUUAUGAACAUUUUAUUUGGCACCAGGUCUUAACUUUCGUUCAGUUUUGACAGUUUAUGAUUUAAAAAGUUAAGAACUGUUAAGGAUCGGUGAAAAACUGCUCAGAUUUUUUUGGAAAAUGA